UCGGUAGUUAUGUUUUUUCAUGAAAUACUUUUUAUACAAUAAAUAUGCUUGAUAAUUUUAGAAGCAAUUAUUCGCGGCAAGAAUUUUUUGUUUAAACUUUGUGGAGUUUGUAAUAGCUAAAAUGACUUAAUUAAGUACAUUGUAAUGAAUAAAAGAGAGAGAGAGAGAGAGGGAGAGAGAGAGAGCUUGAGCUUAUAUUGUUUCCAUUGCAUAGUCAAUAAAGUAUAGUGCAAGGCGCAGUGCGUGAGCAAACAGUAAAAUUUGCAGGAUGCCUGAUGUGGAUACACGUGUGAUCGGCCGAAGUCGAUCACAAAAACUACAUGAAUGUAGAUACCAAUCAUAUACUGUUGACAUUACAGUGAUAAAUAUUUUCCAAAAAAAAAAGAAGGGAAGUUAUAGGAGACAGGAUGAAGAUAUACGUAAAUAACGAAAACAAAGCCGUUUACAAAUGUUGGAUAGAUUCCGAAAAUGCUUUUCAUAAUAUAUUCCUAUUAGACGUUUUUACUAAUUCUAAAUUGUAUUAGCUUUUCAUUAAUCAAGUAUUGAAUAAUGUUUUAUUAUGUUACUGAGCGGAUUAAUUUAAUAUAUAAUUUGUUUUCUACGCUUAAGUUGAAACUUCAUUUAUAUUCCACAUUUAACAAAACGCUAUUAGUUCUAAUGGCGCUUAACUUUACCAUUAAUUACGCUAAUGCACUGCAGGUGAUACUCAACAUGUUGAUAGAUUCUUUAACAUUUAAAUGCUCAUUUUUUCCUUUACAUUUGGUUUAUAAUAGUUCCAGAUUUAAAAAAAAAUCUUCGCUAAAGUCCAGUAUACAUGUACUUCAAUGUUUUUGUUCUGGAACUCCGUUUCCGGUCCAGUUAAUUGGCACAACUGCUACAACGAUCGACAUUGAUUGUUAACUUUACCAUUCAAACAACAAUAGAAAACUCAAAGUUGUGCAAUAUACUAACGCAAAUGAUCACCUGAACAAAUCUCGGCUGGCCCCAUUAUUAUUUUAUCCAAAAAGAAUGUCGGAUUUUAAGCUUUUUGUUUUAGUAUUGGAGAUUAUAUGGGUCCUCUUGGCAGUUCCUGUGCAGUGUGCCUAUUACUGCUAUUACUACUACAAUUCUUACUAUCUCAGAAGGAGACAGUACUGUUACUACUACUAUGACUACUAUUACUACUACUAUUACUACUCGUCAUAUAGUUCCUCGGCUGGUGUUAUAGCUGGUGCUGUGAUUGGCGGUAUCAUCGGAGCCCUGCUGAUCUCCACCAUCGUUGUUUGUGUUUGUGUCAAACUCUGCCAGAAAACAAACCAUGGUCAAGUAUUGGUCUAUCCUCAACAACCUGUGUUUUACACCAGCUCAGACACACAACAAGGAUAUCCACAGCCAUCAGCGCCGGUGGCCUACCCCUAUCCGCCCCCGCCGUAUUCCAGUGGACAGCAAGUUUUCUCUUAUAACGGAUAGACUGACUCCUAGAGGAACACUGUUGUUAGUUUCCUGACGUACCAGUUACAGUGAAAUGUCUAUAAGAUCACAAACAAACAAUAUUACAAUGGUUGAUAUCGUAAUAAUAUCAAAGAGAAAAUUAUCAUUAUGUCCUUAUUUUAUUUGAUGUAUAUAUAGUGCUGACAUGUUUUUAAUUUCUGUGUUACUGAUCACACAUUUUGUCUUUUCUGUUUGUUAUGAUAGAAAUGUUCAAAAUGUUCAAUAUUGUUACCAUUUAUUAUGAUCAUAAACCAGGCAUGUAAAAAAAAUCAAUAUAGAAAAAUAACUGCCCCCUUCCCCCGAUGCUAAAUGCCUGCAAACAGAUUUUAAAACGGUUGAAAUGGUUCUAUUAUAGAGGAAUUAUUUCUUAUCAUUUGGUUGUUUAUAUUUUAGAGGUUUGGGUGGUUAAUUUAUAUUUGAGAAGGGGAGAGUUGUCUUUUAUAUCAAUAUUCUUGUGAUUUGUGGAUUUUUUUGGGGGGUGUAUUGUUGAUAUAUUUCUUUUUUGUUAGCAAUUUUACAGUUUUUUAGCAUCACUGCAGUACUCAUGAAUUUAAUUCGCAUAAAAUUUAGAUUUUAUUAUCCAAUAUGCAUAUGAAAGGGUAAAUCUAAAUUGUGUUGAGAUAAGUUUAUGUAAUUAUAAUCACAUAAUUACUUUCAUGCCACAAAACUUCGCUCAUUUGUAUGCUUGUUU